AUGAAAGAGCAAAAGCUAACUUCCAACCCUGCUACGACAUUUGCACAUUUGGAUGCUACGACCGUACUAUCAAGAGGAUUGGCUGCCAAAGGUAUCUAUCCAGCUGUAGAUCCUUUAGAUUCAACGUCAACUAUGCUCCAACCUCGGAUUGUUGGUGAAGAACAUUAUGAAACUGCACAAAGAGCUUUGAUCAAUAACAUUGCCAAAACUCAUGGCGGUGUAUCCGUAUUUGGCGGAGUGGGGGAGCGUACUCGUGAGAGAAAUGAUAUUUACAUGGAAAUGAAAGAAUCUGGAGUAAUUAAUAAAAAAAUUAUUGGAGAAUCAAAAGUUGCUCUAGUGUACGGUCAAAUGAAUGAACCGCCUAGAGCACGUAUGAGAGUUGGUUUAACUGCCCUAAACAUGGCGGAAUAUUUCAGAGAUGUUAAUGAACUAGACGUGCUUCUAUUUAUCGACAAUAUCUUCCGAUUCGUCCAAGCGGGAUCCGAAGUGUCAGCCUUAUUGGGUCGAAUGCCUUCCGCUGUAGGUUAUCAACCGACCCUUAGUACCGAAAUGGGUUCUUUACAAGAAAGAAUUACUUCUACCAAAGAAGGGUCUAUAACUUCUAUUCAAGCAGUUUAUGUACCCACAGAUGAUUUGACCGACCCUGCUCCUGCUACGACAUUUGCACAUUUGGAUGCUACGACCGUACUAUCAAGAGGAUUGGCUGCCAAAGGUAUCUAUCCAGCUGUAGAUCCUUUAGAUUCAACGUCAACUAUGCUCCAACCUCAGAUUGUUGGUGAAGAACAUUAUGAAACUGCGCAAAGAGUUAAACAAACUUUACAGCAUUACAAAGAACUUCAGGACAUUAUAGCUAUCCUUGGGUUGGACGAAUUAUCCGAAGAGGAUCGCUUAACUAUAGCAAGAGCACGAAAAAUUGAGCGUUUCUUAUCACAGCCUUUUUUCGUAGCAGAAGUAUUUACCGGUUCGCCAGGAAAAUAUGUAGGUCUAGCAGAAACAAUUAGAGGGUUUAAAUUGAUUCUUUCUGGAGAAUUAGACGGUCUUCCCGAGCAAGCCUUUUAUUUGGUGGGUAAUAUCGAUGAAGCAACUGCGAAGGCUACGAACUUAGAAAUGGAGGGAAAAUUGAAGAAAUGACUUUAAAUCUGUGUACUGACCCCCAAUCAAAUUGUUUGGGAUUCAAAAGUGAAGGAAAUUAUUUUGUCCACUAAUAGUGGACAAAUUGGAGUAUUACCAAAUCAUGCACCUAUUGCUACAGCUGUAGAUAUAGGUAUCUUGAGAAUACGCCUUAAUGACCAAUGGGUAACAAUGGCUCUGAUGGGUGGUUUUGCUAGAAUAGGCAAUAAUAAGAUCACCAUUUUAGUAAAUGAUGCCGAGAAGAGUAGUGACAUUGAUCCAGAAGAAGCUAAACAAACUCUUGAAAUAGCAGAAGCUAACUUGAGUAAAGCUGAAGGCAAGAGACAACUAAUCGAGGCAAAUCUAU